CUGCGGUGUAGGCUUUGGCAAUCACCUCCUCAAUAGAUAAACCCUAAACCCUUCUUUCCUCAAUUAAUGAACUUGAAGUAAGAUGGUUUCAUUCUUCACUUGAAAUGCAUCAAUCUGUGAGCAUUUUUAUCUGGGUAUGGCAUCUCACAGCUUUUUAUGGAGCUUUGGUAAGAAGUUCUUCACUUUUGGACUCAUAGGCCUUACUGUUUCAGAUCGUUAUGCUAGUAUUCUUCCUGUGCGCGGCGCGUCUAUGUCACCCACCUUCAAUCCUAGAUCUGAUUCCUUUGGGGGAUCAUUGUCUGAUGAUUAUGUUUUAGUGGAGAAGUUUUGUCUUGAAAAGUACAAAUUUUCGCCCGGCGAUGUGGUUGUUUUUCGCUCGCCUCAGAAUCACAAGGAGAAGCAUGUGAAGAGAAUUAUUGGUUUGCCAGGUGACUGGAUUGGAACUCGCAGUUCUUAUGAUAUUGUGAAGGUCCCGGAUGGACAUUGUUGGGUUGAGGGAGACAAUCCGUCUUCUAGUAUGGAUUCAAGAUCUUUUGGCCCAAUUCCUUUGGGCCUCGUUCAAGGAAGGGUCACCCAUAUUGUAUGGCCUCCUGAGAGACUAGGAGCUGUCAAGGGAAGUAUUCGUGAAGACAGACUUUCUUCUUCCUAAUCAGCUCAAUUGUUUUCACAACCUCCUUGUAUGGCUUUGAGACACCUAUCAAGCUUGGUUGAGGAAACUUCAAAACUUGGCGAUCUCAAGUCCUGCCUCCAAUUAGAGCAAAUAAUCUGCUCGGUUUCAUUGAUGGAACAAAAUUGAGGAAGGAGUUGAAGUCAUUGAGAAUCGUGACUUUCUUUUGUGGAAUAAGCAGGACAUCGUCAAAGAAAAUAGUGGAAGAGGAGGUAAUGUUAGAGGUGGUCAAAGUAAUAGAGGCAGAGGGGGAAGAAAUUCAGGAGGAAGAUGGGCUUCCAGACCUACUUGUCAAGUGUGUAACAAGUAUGGUUGUUCAGCUGACAUCUGUUACUACAGACAUGAGAGGAACUUUGUGCCACAACAAGUGAAAAAUGGAGCAAUUCAUCAGCCUGGAAAUUUUCAGAAUGGAAGUUUUCGAAAUAUGACUGCAAAUUUAGUUAUGGAAGCAACUUGACUUCUAAUGCAGUGUUUACUCCUGGCUAAGGUGAUCAGUAUCCAGCUUAUAUAGUUGCUUCAGAUGGCGGAGCAAGUAAUAGUGAUGCGAGCUGGUAUGUGGAUAGUGGUGCUUUCAGCCAUAUUACAAAUGACAUGAACAGUUUACAUAUUCAGAAUGAGUAUCAUGGAGCAGAUAAAGUUACUGUGGGCAGUGGAUGGAUGCUUUCGAUAACUCACUAUGGUAAUGCCUCUCUUGUCAGUUGUCACUAAAACCUCAUAUUUACUUUCUUUUAAUAGCAUACUUGUUGUGCCUAAUAUCAUCAAAAACCUUUUAAGUGUUUCAAAAUUAGUGCAAGAUAACAAUGUUGUUUUGUUUCAUGGGAACAUAUGUCUCAUUUAGGACAUGAGGGGGAUAAGUUCUUCAAGGACUUGCUAAAGGACUAUAUGAGUUACAUUUACCUUCAUCACCAUACUCAUCUUCUCUUUUGACAUCUCCUGCCUCAUCAUAAAAAUGAACAUUUGCUGUUUCAAUGCUUGCUACAGAUUGUAUGAAUAGUUGCUUACCAAAUUGUUGAUUUCAUUGUAUCAUUAUCAUUAUAA